AUGGUUUUGUACACAGCUAGUCACAGUUCAGUUCGAAGUAUUGACCAUUUAAGCGAGGUAUUAAAAGAACUUGGAAAAGGAAGCCAGUUGGAAAAACUACGCCUCCACCCUUCUAAAGCUGCCAAACUGAUUGUAAAUGUUGUGGCGCCGGUGAUGUUGGAGGAACUUAUCAUUGAUAUUGGUGAACAAGAUUACUCUAUAAUCCUUGAUGAGUCAACUGACGUAUCAACUAUUAAAUACAUGGCAUAUUGUGUUCGUUACAUCAGUCGGUCCCUAGAUCAAUUUGUCACUGAUUUUCUAGGCUUUGCCGAAGUGUUUACUGCUACAGCUGAAAAUUAUUGUAAUGUUCAACUCAUGAAAUGCAGUUGUCAUUCUCUCAGUCUAUGUGGUUCUAAAGCAAGUGACGAAUUGCCAGCAUCAGUUGAAUUCCUCUUAAAAGAGUCAGGAAUUGGUUUUCAAGAAGCCCAUUACGACAAACUAUUUACAAAAAUAUGUAUGAAAAGUUGA